AUGACGCUUGACCAGGCCCAGCUUGAAGGGUCGGUUUCGGCCCUUACAGCCCUUACAGCAUUUCGGGAGCGUUUAGGCGCAUCACGGAUUCUGACGGAGAGUCCCGCAGCGUGGAAACAGGAAGGCCGACACAGAGAUACUUUCAAAAAAUCUCAUCAUAGAGCGGCAGCUAAAAAAUUUUUCCAUCCCGCGAUGCUGGAUAACGUUGUAUUUAGCUUCUUCUUGAAGCUGAAGGAUACGUUGCGCCAGGCACUCGGUCGCAGAUCGGCAGUGCCUUAUUUUUGCGAGCCCAAGAUGCAAUCCGAGAUCGAAGAAUUGGAGGCACGAGACAAACGGUGUUGA